AUGUUGCAGUAUCUUUCGAGAUGGUUUGAUUUUGACGCGAUUACAAAUCAUCCCAUGGCUUCAACUUAUUGGGCGUCACUGAACAAUCGGAUAUGUGCGCGAGGGGAAUUUGUUGAUCCUUUGGUUGAAGAGCAAUAUAAUGCCUUAGUUGCUGAGGUUGCUCUACAGACUCAUCACAUAGCCGACUCUGGUGGUGAUCCAGACACCAUUGAUUGGAUCGCAAUAUUUGAGAAGUUAGACAACUUAAAAAAUGAAACCCAUUCCUUAUGGGUAUCGAUCAUCUCCGGAAUUCAUAAACUGAUGGGAGAGUCUAACCGUUUGUGCGCUAAAAACCCUUGGAGUAGUGUAUGGAAUAAUAUAGUAAAAAGCAGGAAAAAGUUGGAGAAGAUCAAUAUUUCUUUCGAUGAAGUAAUGCGUUAUGAGGAGAACAAUGGUACUUGGGUAUCUUCCUUUGUUAUUGAUGGAGAGUUCUGCAUAGCUGCCCUUCAGGAUAGAAUUGAAAGGGCUUCCUACCCAGUCUGUGACGGGAACUUCCCAUGGCUUCGUUUGAUCUAA